UUCUGUAGAGAUGCGGUAGAUGCGGUUCUGUGCAUGCAGCAAAAAAUACUGUCCAUGAGGCUUGCCCAUCCCCCAGCCACGAUACGACGUAACCAGAGCCCGGUACCUGCCCUCUGUGCUCCUCCUGCCAUACAAAAGCUCUACGCAUGCGAACUGACUUUUUUCUGUUUGGUAUAAAGCAAGAAGACGGGAUUUCAACAUGGGAGAUGAAGAUUUCUCAGCUGCGAGUUCUGGGGCCUCUGAAACAUUCCCACAGCAGUGCUCUGCAUUGAGGAAGAAUGGCUUUGUCAUGCUGAAAGGACGUCCCUGUAAGAUCGUUGACAUGACUACCUCCAAGACUGGCAAGCAUGGACACGCCAAGGUUCACUUAGUUGGAAUUGAUAUCUUCAAUCAGAAGAAGUAUGAAGAUUUGUGCCCAUCUACCCACAACAUGGAGGUCCCAAAUGUUACAAGGAAAGAUUACCAGUUUUUGGAUCUGGAUACCGUUGAUGGCUACCUGACCCUUAUGGAAGAAAAUGGAACAACCAGAGAGGACCUCAAACUACAAGAAAAUGAUGUGGGCAAAGAAAUCAAAACCAAGGGUGAAAAUGGAGAGAGUUUUGUGGUCACUGUGCUGAAAGCUUGCGGGGAAGAACAAGUCGUUGCCACUAAAGUCUUGAAUUAACGCGUCCUGGACACUGCUGGAGACCUCGCACCCCUAAUCUCCAGUUUGAUUUUGAAGCCUCACCAAAGCUACGGGCCUUGUCUCCAUAUCACAACUAGUUCUCCCAACGGGAAACUGAAAUCUGGAGACUGGACUGGAGCAGCUUUUUCAACUUUACCUUGGGGUCCAAGCUGACUGGCAUUAUGUUUAAUCAAUGAAAUUAUCCGCCUGUAGCCACCCACUCUGCACUGGCUAACCAUUAUAUUCCAGGAAUUCCUAUCAACAUUCCAGUACUUAAUUAUUUUUUUGCUUAUGGGACCCUUUUUUCUGUUUCGCAUUACUUUUUAAUUCCCUCUUUCUUUUCCUGAAUGGAAUGUGGAGAUAUUGAGUUGGCUGUGAGCAUGUAAUUUAGAGCUUGUUUACAGAUGAGACACCUUGCUUUCUCACCUUAGAUGUUUUGUGACUCUGCGGGCUGACUUGGCACCUCAAGCGAUUUCCAGCUCUUGUUGGUUGAACUCAAUUGAUGGCUGGAAUAUUCUGUCUUUGACAAUUAAACAUAUGCAUGCACACAAUUUGACUCGUAUACACAUAGCAGCUAUGAAUAAUGUAAAGCGCAACAUCUUUUUCUCAUCUCUGCUCGACUACAAAAUAAUCCCAAGAUUUCUCCUGCAUCUUGCCAGGUCUAAACAGGACUGGUCUUUUGUAGCAGUGAACUCUGGUGUUGUUGGGUGCGGUGAUUCUCUUUUCUUCUAUGCGAUGAAACUUUUUUCUUUCACAUGAGGCCUUUCCGAGCUUACACAUGUAUAGAAAUUGAUUUUGCAAGAACAAAACACUGAAAACAUUUACUAUUAGCAACAUACUGCUAAAGCAAAUCUUCGCACACAAUAUUGGAAAUAAGAAACCAUAUUUCAAAUUAAUAGGAUGUAGCCAAAUCAAGAUGGUAUUUCUGCUGUAAUUCUUUUUGUUUUGGGGAAACAUUGGUACCCAAAACAUAAUGUAAUACUCGCAGAACAUAUUGUACACAACAUGAAAACAAUGACUGUUACCAUUGGGCUGUAUUUUGUUUUGCGGGUGAGGGAAAGCAGUUAUAGAAAGAACAUUUGGGAGUUGUAGGUCUGUUUGCAGUUGAACAGGAUUUUUAAGCAUUUUGUGCAGAGCUCACAUUCUGUACGGAGUGUGUCUCAAUUAUUUUUUUGAAAUAAAAAUACCAAUAUGCUGAA